AUGUCACGUCUGCUGAAGGGGGCGUCGGAGCUGGCGCUUGAGAGGCUGCUGCACGCACGCCUUGCGGCGCAACUGCGGUGGCAGCGGGAACAACUUCACCGGGCGCAGCAGGCGGUGGUGGCGACCCCGGCGCGUGCGCCACCGAUGGCGGGCGUAGAACAGCAGCUGGAAAGCUUCGAUCGCGUGGUGGCGCUGGCAAAGGAGGCGGCCCGGUGGAUCCCAGCGGCGGCGGCCAACGCGGGACCGGCGUCGCCGCAGCAGGAGCAGCCCGAGUCGUACAUUCAGGACCGCGUUGUGGAGUGCCACGAUUCCUGUUUGCGGCUGCGUGCUGAAGCGGCGGAGCUGGUCGGCGUCAAUGAUGCGGCACGGCGUGCGGCGCAGCGGCGGCUGGAGGCCUUGGAAUACCAAUUGGCCGAGUGGAAGCUGCGCGAGGAGGCGCUUGUUCUUGCGGCCGUGGAGCCGUUCCAGUCGGCCGCCGUGCGUGCGUCGGCCCUCCCCGUCCCGCUGCCAUCAGCCGAGGCGCUGCGGCAGGAGGGGGCCCGGCUGUACGCGGCCGCGUCCCACACGCUGCACCGUGGGAGCCGCUGCGGCGCCCUACUGCGGCUGAUGCAGGCCCACAAGGACCGGGCCUCGCGCGGCGGCGGACUUCAGCCGCUUCCGUUCAGCCCCGCCGAGCCUCUGGUGGUGAGUUCCCUGCAGCGCACCGCCUCGCCCGCCGCCGCGGCACAGCGGAGGAUGGUGCUGCAGUUCAUCAAGAAUGAGAUUCAGCCCCUGUACGACUCCAACCAAAUCUCGCGCGUUCGCUUUGUGGACGUCGUGGAGCGCGUUUCGCGCUGGUUCUUCGCCACGCACCCCGCACCGCAGCCCGUCCUCGCAGCGAACGAGAAACAGUCCAUCUGCCAGCAGAUUCAGGCGACACUGACGUGGCAAGAUGAGCAACGACUCAGGCGGCGUGGUGCAUGA